GAGAGGAGAUGCUGCUGCGCAGCAGCGAGGAAGGAGCUCAGAACCGACACAUCUCCGAGCUGCGAUGGGCAGGAGCACCGCCACGCCGAGCAGCAGCCCGAGCAGCAGCCCCCCGACCCCCGCCGGAGACCAGGCUCUCCCCGGCCGGCGCUGAGGAUGAUCCCGGAGCUGCUGAGCUCCGCCGUGGCCGCGGGGCUCCACGUGAACACGCUGCACGCAGACUUCUGCUACGAUGACAGCCGAGCCAUCAAGACCAACCAGGACCUCCUCCACGAGACGCCCUGGACCAACAUCCUGUUUGACGACUUCUGGGGAACCGUCCUCACGCACAGCGGCAGCCACAAGUCCUUCCGGCCGCUCUGCACGCUGUCCUUCCGCCUCAACUACAGCCUGCACGGCCUGCGGCCCUGGGGCUACCACCUGCUCAACGUGCUGCUGCACGGCCUGGUCACCGGCCUGGUCACGGCCCUGGCCCGCCCGCUGCUGGGGGGCGGCCCCUGGAGCCUCCUGGCGGGGCUGCUGUUCGCCUCCCACCCGGUGCACACGGAGGCGGUGGCCGGCGUGGUGGGGAGGGCGGACGUCGGCGCCGCUCUGUUUUUCCUGCUGUCCCUCAUGUGCUACGUGAGACACUGCAGACUCCGGGGGGGUCGACGCGGCGGCGGCGGCGGGGACUCGGGCGCACGGUGCUGGGCCUGGAUGCUGGGCUGCCUGGGCUGCGCCGCCGCCAGCAUGCUGUGGAAGGAGACGGGCGUCACGGUGCUGGCGGUGGCGGCCGCGUACGACCUCUUCGUGUUCCAGAGACUCCGGCUCCGCCAGGCGCUGCUGCUGCUGGGAAAGAGGAAGAGCGUGAGUGUUCUGCUGAGUCUGCUGGUCCUGUUGUCCUGGGGGGUCGUCCUUCUCUCGGCUCGUCUCUACUGGAUGGGCAACAAGCCUCCCAACUUCUCCAACUCCGACAACCCGGCGGCCGACGCGCCGCAGCUGCUCACGCGGACGCUGACGUUCCUGUACCUGCCGGCCGCCAACGCGUGGCUGCUGCUGUGCCCCGACCGGCUGAGCUUCGACUGGUCCAUGGACGCCGUGCCGCUGGUCCGAUCCCUGGCCGACUGGAGGAACCUCCACUCCGCCGCCUUCUACGCCGGCUUCCUCCUGCUGGCCGCCUUCGGCCUCCGCGGGGCCAAAGCCAAGGACGGCAACGGACGAGCCCACGUCGCCAACGGGAAGUCCGUCACCAACGGCAACGGCUGCCACGCCCCCGACGCCAACCACAACACGGAGGAGGGGCCGCCCAAGCCGAAGCCGGCCCUGAACGGCUCAGCCGGGCUCCACCACGGCCCCCCGCCCACCUCCCUGCCCCCCACGGAGAACCUGGUCCUGUUCUCGCUGGGCGUCCUGGCCCUGCCGUUCCUCCCGGCCACCAACCUGUUCUUCUACGUGGGCUUCGUCAUCGCCGAGAGGGUUCUGUACAUCCCCAGCAUCGGCUUCUGCCUCCUGGUGGCCGCCGGCGCGCGGAGCCUGUACGUCCGGCUGAGGACUCGGGGCCGCAGGGCCGUGCUGGGGGGGCUCUGCGCCGGGCUGGUGCUGCUCAACGGGCUCAGGACCGUCCAGAGGAACGGAGACUGGAGCAACGAGGAGAAUCUCUACAAGUCUGGGAUUAACGUGAACCCUGCAAAAGCCUGGGGAAACCUGGGGAACGUCCUGAAGAACCAGGGGAAGAUGGCGGAGGCGGAGAAGGCGUACAGGAACGCGCUGCACUACCGAGGGAACAUGGCCGACAUGCUGUACAACCUGGGUCUGCUGCUGCAGGAGAACGAGCGUUUCUCAGAGGCGCUGCAUUACUACAAACUCGCCAUCGGGAGUCGCCCCACUCUGGCAUCGGCCUACUUGAACACGGGGAUAAUCCUGAUGAACCGGGGAAACCUGGACGAGGCCAAACACACCUUCCUCACGUGUGCAGACAUCCCGGAUGAAAACCUGAAGGACCCGCACGCCCACAAGAGCUCCGUCACCAGCUGCCUGUACAACCUGGGGAAGCUGCUGCACGAGCAGGGCCAGCACCAGGACGCUCUGUCUGUUUAUAAAGAAGCGGUGCAGAAGAUGCCCCGACAGUUUGCCCCUCACAGCCUCUUCAACAUGAUGGGUGAGGCCUACAUGAGGCUGAACCGGCCGGAGGAGGCCGGGCACUGGUACAGGGAGUCGCUCCGGUCCAAACCCGACCACAUCCCGGCCCACCUGACCUACGGCAAACUCCUGUCCAUCACCGGGCAGAAGACAGAAGCAGAGAAAUUCUACCUGAGGGCGGUGCAACUGGACCCGACGAAAGGAAACUGCUACAUGCACUACGGUCAGUUCCUGCUGGAGCAGUCUCGCCUCGCGGAGGCGGCGGAGAUGGCGGAGCGAGCCGCGGAGCUGGACCGCUCCGAGUUCGACGUGGUCUUCAGCGCUGCUCACAUGCUCAGACAGGCCAACCUGAACGAGGCGGCCGAGAGACAGUACGAGCGAGCAGCCGGACUCAGACCGGAUAACCCGGCGGCUCUGAUGAACCUCGGCGCCAUCCUGCACCUGAACGGGAAGCUGCCGGAGGCCGAGGCCAAGUAUCUCCGGGCGCUCCGGCUCAAACCCGACGACGCCAUCACCCAGUCCAACCUGCGCAAGCUGUGGAACAUCAUGGAGCGGCAGGGACUCCGGACGGAGCACGACCUUUGACCCCGGAGAGGCUGCUCUGUUUCCUAACGACCUCGGAGGAGGGAGCGGGGGGGCCGGGACCUCCGGUUAGUCCGGUUUCUGCCGGAUCCCCCUCCGGUGCAAUACGAUGGCUCGGACUACUAGAACUAACGUCUCCGAGACUCAGAGUUAAUGAUCGAGGCCGGAAAGACGGAUUAAAACGAGCA